UCAUUGCCUGCAUCUCGUCGCGGAUCAGGUACAGUACCCACCAUGACGGGAAAAGAUCUUCCCUUCCACCAUCGUAAGCACGAUGAGGAGGUGCUUCCACAUGCGACGAAGAAGACUAUGGCGGAUCAUCUCCGCAAAUACGAGAGUCUGUUUACCCUCACACCACAGAGAAUGAGGAUGAUCGUUGAUGCGUUUGAGGAGACGCUCGACAAGGGGUUACAGAAAUUCGGAGAGGUGGUGCCCAUGAUCCCAACCUACGUCUUUGGUUGGCCCAAAGGCAGCGAAACAGGCUCCUACCUCGCUCUUGACCUCGGCGGCACCAACCUCCGGGUCUGUCUUGUCAUGUUGCAGGGAGAUGGCAAGUUCGAGAUCACUCAAACCAAGUACCGUCUCUCGGAGGAACAGAAGCAGGAGGAGGGCGAGUUGCUUUUCGAUUUUUGUGCAAAGUGCUUGAAAACGUUCGUGGAUAGCUACCUUGCAGAUUUUGAUCUUCAAGGGGCGGCCAUACCUCUCGGUUUUACGUUCUCCUACCCCUGUGAGCAAGAGCGCAUCGAUCAUGGCAAGCUCAUCCGCUGGACAAAGGGUUUCGGCAACCUCAACGUCGAGGGACACGACGUCGCAGCCAUGUUCCGUCAUUCCCUUGAAAAAUUCGAAGUGCCCAUCCAGCUUACAUCCCUCAUCAACGAUACCACCGGCACGUUAAUCGCUUCCCAUUAUGUUAACCCUCGCACCCGGAUCGGGGUCAUCUUCGGCACCGGAUGCAACGCAGCAUAUAUGGAGAAGAUUGGUAACAUUCCCAAGAUCAAAAAUCUUGGUCUUCCAGAUGAUGGGGAGAUGGCCAUCAACUGCGAGUGGGGCGCGUUUGACAGUUUCACGCAUGAGCAUUUGCCUAGGACGAAGUAUGAUAUCGACAUCGACCAAUCGAGCAACAAACCGGAUGAGCAGGCAUUUGAGAAACUCAUUUCUGGCCGAUACCUCGGGGAGAUCUUCCGGCUCGUGGUCUGCGAGAUGAUCGACGACGGUUCCAUCUUCCUGGGCCAAAACACGUACAAACUCGAAAAGCCCUACGUUCUCGAAACCGCCUUCCUCUCCCUCAUGGAGGCGGAUCCGACAGAUGAACUCCUCACCGUCGUGGGCAUCUUCACCCACUUCUACGGGCUAGAGACAACCCUCGCGGAGCGCCAGUUCUUCCGUGCACUCGCGAGGCUCAUCGGUACCCGUGCUGCGCGGCUCUCAGCGUGCGGCAUCGCGGCUAUCGUGUCCAAAAUGGGCUACCUCAACGAGGGCUGCGACGUCGCCGCGGACGGAAGCCUGUACUCGAAGUACCCCGGGUUCCCGGAGAGGGUGCACCAGGGCUUGGUGGAUAUCUUUGGUCCGAAGGGGCAGAAUAUCAGGACUGUGCAUGCGGAGGAUGGGAGUGGUGUCGGGAGUGCUAUCAUUGCUGCCAUGACGAACGAGCGGAGGGAGGCGGGUAUCUUCCCCAACUGUUGAGCGAAUGCCGUCGGUGUAAUCAUCAAAAUGAAUUAGAAAGAAGAAGACAGAGCGGUAGGUAGGAGACUGGUUCGGAGGUUGUUCCCAACUAUGGACUCGUUGGUUUGUGCCUGUGUUUCAUUAUCAUAGAGUAACCCUGGGAGCAGCACUCUUGGGGCGGAUUGAACAGAAUAAUCAAAUUUCUAUUUCAU